AAGUGACAGUGAGUCAGUGACAGAUAGAUAAUCUGUUUGCAAAAAAAAACAAAACACUUAACCUAACCUAAUACUUCUCUUGUAGCGUUUAAUUUAAUCAUAUUAUUUUAAUAAAUACCAGACAUCUUUAGAAUUUCAUUUAUUGCAAAAGAAACGUUCAGCUCUCAAAACUGCUAAUUAUUGGUCAAUAAACUGCGGAAACAAGUGAUACUCACUCACGCAGUGCCUGUUUCUGCAAAUGUGCAGUAUAAGAUGGAGGACGACAUAGACAUAGAGGAGCAUGAUCUGUUGAAUGACCCGGCCUUGAGAAGUGUGUUUCCAGAUCUUACCAUUUUGAAAAGUGAAAUAAUUGAUUUCAAUAUAAGUGCAGAAACUCCAUCAGAAACGCAUGUUCUGGAGAGAAAUGAAAACCAACUGGAUGGCACUUUGGCGGAGAACAGUGGGAGUCUUCCUCCUGUGUGCCCCACGCAUGACACAGAUGUCAAACCUGACAUCAUAUGUAUGGAUGUUGAUGGUACAAAAACUGUUGUUGGCGAUAAAAUAUCAGAAUCUGAUAUAAUAGUCUCUCAAGGUUUUCAAUUGAGUGAAUUUUAUAGCAACAGAAUAAAACUGAACAGUAGCGAAGAACAAGAUGUGAAUGGUAUCCUAAAAUUGGACUACAAUAACAUCAAGAAGGAGGACAUGUGUAAUGAUACUGAACCAGAUGCAGUGAUCACAAUCAACUCUAAUGGCAAAAAUAGUAGGAGAAUAACAAUAUUGGAAAAAUAUUUACAAGUAAAUGUAGUGCUUACAGACUGUUAUACAUCUCUAUUGAACAACAACUGUUACUGUGCUCAGUGUGCAGUGUUGUUCUCCAACACUGAAGCGUAUAGUGAACAUUACACAAACACACAUACCGAGUCCACUCACUCAACUAAAGCCUCGGAUUCUCUUGUGACACGUAAACAAAUAAUUUACUCUCAUGUGAAUGAAUUUGUGUGUGACACCUGCAAGAAGAUAUUCACUACGAAAAGGAUAUUGAUACAGCAUAUGUUAAUUCACAAUGACGACAAGCCAUUCGAGUGUGACAUUUGCAAGAAAACAUUUAACCAAAUAACAAAUUUAAAGUCACACAAGUUACUUCACACUGGAGAAAAGCCAUACAUGUGCGGUAAUUGCAAAAAAUCGUUUAGGCACAGUAGUACUUUGAAAAACCACGAAUUGAUCCACACUGGGGAAAAGCUAUUCCAGUGUGACGAUUGCACGAAAACAUUUUACCGAAGAAGUAAUUUGAAGAGCCACAAGUUAGUUCACAGAGGCGAAAUGCCAUUCCAGUGUGAAAUUUGUACGAAAUCAUUUAAACAAAUAAGUCAUUUGAAGAGCCACAAGUUAGUUCACACUGGCGAAAAGCCAAACAAGUGCGGUAAUUGCAAAAAAUCGUUUCGGCAUUUUAGAACUUUGAAAGAGCACGAAUUGAUCCACACGGGAGAAAAGCCGUUCCAGUGUGACAUUUGCAAGAAAACAUUUAGGCAUCGGGGCUCAUGGAAAAACCAUAAGUUAAUUCACACUGGCGAAAAGCCAUUCCAGUGUGACACUUGCCCGAAAUCUUUUAACCGAAGAGAUACUCUUAAGAAGCAUAAGUUACUUCACACUGCAGCACAGCCAUAUGGUUCUGAUGCGUCGGAAAAAAAUAAUGUGAGAUCUGGGAAACAUGAGGAAACAACAAACAUGAGGCGUGAAACAGCGGGAUGUCAGUGAGUGUCAGUGGGGCGCGCUGCGGGCGAGGGCUCGGCCUCCGCCUGUCCCCUCACUGCAGGCAGCGCCGGCGACGCACAGGCCGCGUUGUCGACACGCUCUCCUACACCCACAUACAAGCGACUCCACCUACACUAACCACCUCAGUUGCAAUUCUGACAUCGGCGCGGACGGUCGCUUUCUAGCGGCGCCGUCUGUAGCCGUCACGUGUGACUCACUACUGAGUGACCCGGCUGCUCAAGGACAGCGUCCUGUUGUACACCGAGAUGCCUGAAAUCCCGGCUCAAGUGGAAGCCUCGGAACAGUAUAAAAUGUAAUUAAAUCGGUAGAGUAAAACAACUAUUUGCUUCUUUAUUUUUAAUAAACUUUUUAUGGUAUAAUACUGA